GCAGCCCCAGUCCGGAGCCCAGCCCCCUGCCCCAGCCCUGCAGGCUGGUUCCUGAAGCCCAGCCCUGCUCCAGAGCCCAGCCCAGAUCUGAGACCCAGUCCCCCUCUAGAGCCCAGGUCAUCUCUGAGACCAAGGUCACCUCUAGAGCCCAUACCAGUUCUGAGACCAAGCCUAAUUCUGAGACCAAGCCCUGCUCUAGACACCAAGCCAGCUCUGAGGCCAAGUUCAUCUCUAGAACUUCAUCUGGUUCUGAGACCCAACCCAGCUCUAGAACCCAGGCAAGCUCUGAGACCAGGUUCAACUCUAGAACCUAUACCAGUUUGGAGACCAAGCCCAGCUCUGAGACCAAGCUCUGUUCUAGAUCACAGGCCAGCUCUGAAGCUAAGUUCAUCUCUAGAACACAAUCCAGUUCUGAGACCCAACCUAGCUCCAGAACCCAGUCCAGUUCCAAAACUCAGCCCACCUCUAGAACCCAGGACAGCUCUGAGGCCAAGCCGAGUUUUGGCAUUAAGUCAAGUUCUGGAACCCAGACAAGUUUUAAGACCCAGCCCAGCUCUGUGAUCAAUGCCAGUAUCAGAAGCCAGCCCAGCUCUAUGACCAAGCCCUGCCAUAAAACUCAACCUGACUCUGGAACACAAGAUAGCUCCAUGAUGCUGUCAGACCUGGACACCCAGUUUAGUUCAGGAACACCAGUUAGUUCUGAAACCCAGGUGAGACUUAAGAAUCAGCCCAACUACAGAAACCUCUCCAGCGUAGGAUUCAAAGACAGCUCCCAAACCCAACCCUAUUCACGAACCCAGACCAGCUCAGGAACCCCGAUGCAUGGGGCAGCUCAGCCCAGAUCCCAACCCUGCUCUAAAACUCAGUUUCACUCAAGUAUCCACCCCCAUUCUGGGGCCCAGUCCAGCUCCAGUGAUGAGUCCAGCUCAGAAACUGAGCCCAGCUCUAGACCCCAGCCUAGUGCUACAACCAGGCCCAUCUCUAGAAUUCAGACGAGCCCUGGAACCUCAUCCAUCUCUGAGGUAAGGCCUGUCUCCACAACCCAGCUUGAUGCUGAACCCCACUCUCACUGCAGUACGAAGACCAGCUCUAGAACACCUUCCAACUCUGGGGCCCAGACCAGCUUCAAGGACUGGCCAAUUUCCAGAGCUCACUCCAGAUCAGGCACCCAACCCAGCUCUAGAACUCAACCCAGUUCUGGAGCACAGACGGUCUCUGAAAUCUCAUCGAGCUCCAAAACACAGUCAGUUGCUGAUACUGAGUUGAGUUCCAGAAUCCAGCUAAACUCUAGUCCUGGGACCCAGACCAAUGCAGUAACAGACUUAAGCUCCACAACUCUGUCUAGCUCCAAGAGCAGGCCCAGCUCCAGGACCCAGGCCUGCAUGGCUCAAUCACCUUCUGGGACUCAGCUCAUCUUGGAAACCCCUCAGGCCACAACCCAAGGCAGCUCUGAUAUUGAUCCAAACUUUGCAAAGCAGGUCAGCUCUGCAACUCAGCUCAUCUCUAGAGUCCAGUUCAGCUCUGAGACUCAACUCAACUCUGAAACCCCCACCAGCUCAAGGAUACAGCCCAGUUCUGGAACCCACCUUAGUUCUAGAAUCCAGCCUGUUUCUGGAACUAAACCCAGCUUCAGAACCCAGACAAGUUCUGGAGCCCAGCUUGGUUCGGAGACCCAGCCCAGUUCUGGGGCCCAGACCAGUGCAAGAAUUCAACCCAGCUCUGGAGCCCAGCUCAGCUCCAGAACCCAGCUUAGUACCAGGAUUCAGUUUAGCUCUGAGAACCAGCCAAGCUCUGGAAGCCAGACCAGUUCAAGAAUGCAGCCCAGCUCUGAAGCCCAUCUUAGCUCCAAAUCCAAGUCCAGCUCUGGCACCUGGCUUAGUUCUGAGUCUAAGCUCAGCUCCAGAACCCUACCCAGCUCUGAAACUCAGGCCAGUUCAAGAAUACAGCCCAGCUCUGGAACCCAACUCAGUUCCAGAACCCAGCCUGUUUCUGGAACCCAAACCAGUUCUAGAACCCAGACCAGUUUUGGAACCCAGCUCAGAUCUGAGACUCAGCCCAGCUCAGACACCCAGCCAAGCUCUAGAACCCUGACCAGUGCAAGAAUUCAGCCCAGCUCUGGAGCCCAGCUCAGUUCCAGAACCCAGCCCAGCUCUAGGAUUCAGUUCAGCUCUGAGACUCAACCCAGCUCUGAAACUCAGGCCAGUUCAAGAAUACAGCCCAGCUCUGGAGCCCAGCUCAGUUCCAGAACCCAGCCUGUUCCUGGAACCCAAACCAGUUUUAAAACCCAGACCAGUUUGGGAACCAAGCUCAACUCAGACACCCAGCCCAGCUCUGGAACCCAGACCAGUGCAAGAAUUCAGCCCAGCUCUGGAGCCCAGUUCAGUUCCAGAACCCAGCCCAGCUCCAGGAUUCAGUUCAGCUCUGAGACCCAGCCCAGUUCUGAAAUCCAGACCAGUUUAAGAACUGAGCCCCACUCUGGAAUCCACCAUAGUUCUAGAACCCAGCCUGUUUCUGAAACCCAAUCCGGCUCCAGAACCCAGACCAGCUUAAGAAUCCAGCUCAGUUCUAGGAAUGGGCUUCGCCCACAGACCCCAGGCCUUGACCCUAGAAUCCAGUCUGAUCCCACUCCUCCAGCCCGACCUCAGCCCCCAGACCCACCACCAAGAGCCCCAACUCCGGGCCCCAGCAAAGUCUCUCAGCCUCAACCCCAGCCCCAUGAUCUGGUACGUGGAACCCAGGCCAAUACUGGCAGAAGCCUGCCGACACCCCACCUGGCCCCAAAGCCGCAGGCCCCCUUGACUCGCCAGAAACCAGCCCUUUUACCUAAGCCCCAGGUGGGACCCCGUAAGUCCACCCCACCUACCACAUCUGUCACCCCUAGUUCUGCCUCCGGGGUGGCCCUCCUUCGGUCCCAGCUCCCUGAAUCCCCAGCUCAGGAGCCUGCCCACACCCCCAUGCACAGGGGGUCAGGGACUGCUCUGCGAGGGUCAGAGCCCCUCCCCCACCACAAGGAGCUGUAGCUUAGGGGUGACAUAGUUUUGGCCCUUGGUGGGCCCCAUCCUCUCUCCUUCCCCUCCCAGCUCUGGUCCCCCAGAAACGGCAGGUGACCUCAUUCCCCCACAGGUCAGGGGAGGGAGGAUGGAAACGGGCUUCAGUUUCAUUGGGCCUGGCUCUGGGCGGUGUAAGCAGAUCCCAGGUCUGUGGAAGGGAAAGGGGGAGAGGGAGGGGCAGGAGGUGGUUUGCUCUUCAUGUACCUCGAGGGCUCAUGGGGAAUAAAGGCACAUCCCACCCCUGCAGCCAGGUGUGUUGUAUUUGAGGGAGGUUUGGGGAGAGCAGAGGCAGGGGCAGGCAUGAGGGUCCGGGGGGCUAGCACAACACUGGCUGCUUCUUAAGCACCUACUAUGUGCCAGGUGCUUUGCGAGUACUCACUGUGCAUGGGUUCGUGUAUUCACACAUGCAUGACGCUCCUCAAAACCUCAGUCAUUCGUCCAUUCGGUCCAUCUUUUUUGAGCACUUAUUGUGGGCCAAGUGCUGUUUGUUCAAGACACUGGGAGUCUGAGUGUUAAGUGAAUGACCGGCUAAACGAUAAGCUUAUAAGGGAAUGACUGCAUCUAGGAUGGAGGAAGCGUGUGUCACUCCGUGGCCUUGUGUGCGUCUCCCACGGGUUUAAUACCAGAACCCUCUCUAGGGGCGACAGGAAGGAUUCCAGAAGACUGGACUCAAUGGGGAGGUGGGCGAGGAGCCAAAACCCAGUCUCAUCCCCUCUGCCCGGCCCCGCCUUCUGCUCGGUUGCCACAGGGCUGGAUAACAAUCUGAUGCGCCAAACUUCAACAAGUGACCACUGACUUCCAGACCCAAAGGGAAAUAAAGCCGCUGGGAUACAUUUUGGCAAGAGAGGGGGCGUCCUGCCCAUUUAUAUUGAAUCUUUUCUAGGCAGAGCCUUCUCAGGUUGGGGUGUCAAAGGGGAUCAA